UGAUACCACAAAGUUGUAUUUUCAUGUGUCAAGUUCGCAACGCGCAUUAAUCCCAAAGGCUGAAAAGCCAGCAGCGAUGAGUGCUCCGCCCCCGCACUGACUAGCAUUGACGCAGAAAAUGACUCUCAGGGGGUUAUCAACGGAGGAGCUCCUUAAAAAGUUGAUGGAAGAAGGCAUUGAUGUGUCAGACGACGAGGCGCAAAGAUUUAGAGAUAACGAUGUAGAUGGAGAGACGGUAGACUGUGGACUCACUGAGACCAUGGUUGCAUAUCUUUUUGACAAGUCUUUCAAAAAGCAGCUGAAGUUCAGAGACUUCACAAAUCGCUACAAGGAAGUCAUCAUCACUUUACAACCGGUCGACCCAUUUGAAGGUACAGUUGAAGGUCCAGUGUCCCAAGCAAACCAGAGUUCUAUACCUUCUUGCCGUAGACUGCCUGCAGUUAUUUCCAUUCCAAAAUUCCCACAAGAUGUCCAGAGUCGCUUGGAUCUCAAAGAACCAGUCCAGAAAGAACAGAAGUACCGAAACAAAAUAAUUGGGACUCUUUAUGAAAUGCUGUCACAGUACACAAUGUACCCAACCCACUCAGACUACAUCCAGGUCAUCAAAGCCCUGAUUGUGAAGUAUCCUUUCUUAAGAGAUGUACACGGAAAUGGUUAUGACACCUGGCAUAGCCAACUCAAGAGAAAGUUCAAAGCAGAACGGGCUCCCCUAAUCAGCAACGAAGAAGUGAACCGGGUUAAAGAAAAGUUUGGACGCACGCAGAAACAUCGGACCACAGAGGAAUCCAGCAGCUCCUGUCUGAAGAGAAUGAAGCCCUCUCUCGUAAGUCCUCACACCCUGAGCCUUUAAGAGCUAAGGUAACAUAUGUAGUCUUAUUAUGUUCUCUGUAAAGCUAAAAGUAAACAUUAAUUGAAAGAAACAUUUUAACAUUAACAUAGAAAA